CAAUGUCACAUUUUGGCGCUAACUUGUGUCGCCGGGAGGCGGUAACAUUGCACGUUAUAUUGAUUAAAGUUAUAAAAUUACCAUUUCACGAAAUACUCGAAUGUGUUCAGAUAGUUAAAAGCAAGUUCGGCUUGCUACAUUCAUUAAAGUCAAUAUUAUUAUACUUCAGGCCAAUCUCGACCAAUAACAUUCCAAACUUACGGUUCAAGAUUUUGUUUCGGGACCUUUAUCACUUUCUCAAUAAUGUCUAAAGUAAAACUUAACCUGAUCGCUGCGGCGUGCGAAAAUAUGGGUAUUGGAGCAAACGGAACCCUGCCUUGGAGAUUGAAGAAAGAAAUGGCCUACUUCACAACAAUGACAACCAAAGUCUCAUCUCCCGACCGGAUGAAUGCAGUAAUAAUGGGUAGAAUCACUUGGGACUGUAUACCGGACAAAUAUAGACCGUUGUCCAAAAGGGUGAACAUAGUCAUGACACGGCAGGUUGACAAUCUGAAGAAUAAGGUCCCUGAAGGUGUAAUAGUAGUUCCAAGCUUGGAUGAGGCCAUUAAGUACGUUGACAGCCGGCCAGACAUUGAGAGCACAUGGGUCAUAGGAGGAUCAUCCAUAUACCAGGCAGCCAUGGCGCACCCAAACUGCGGCAAGAUCUACCUGACAGAGAUACAAAAGCCCUUCGACUGUGACACCUUCUUCCCGAACAUUGACAAGCAGCAGUUCCACCUGGUGAAUGAGGAGGAGAUCCCUGAGGAGCGGCAGGUGGAGGGAGACAUCAGUUACUUCUUUAGGGUUUAUAAGAGACUUUAAACAAAAACCGUCAAGAAACAAAUCAAAUACUCCCUCGCUUACUCGCUCGCCCCCUUCACCUUAGCCUUUGGAUGUUUAUAUAAUGUUAAAAUGAUUUACCAGAAUGUUUUUAUGUGAUAAGGUGUUAUAUUUUGUAUAUUAGCAAUAAAGUAAGUACCUAAUUUUUGCACUGCC